AGUGAUAGAAAACUCUGGGAGACUUCGUGAUCCAAUCCCUCCAAGUUUACCACUUGUGGUUUAGACUUAGUGCAGUGUAGAUCGCUUUUGGAAAGUGUGGUGCACCUCCUGGCCAUUUGGUUAUUUUUUUUCAAGUUCACUUUCCUACCUAAAAACAGGUGAAAGAUGCCUUUCGUACCCCAAGAACAUCCAAAAUGCCCCAAAUGCGGGAAAUCAGUUUACGCUGCAGAGGAAAUGUUGGCCGCUGGAGCUAAAUGGCACAAAACUUGCUUUAAAUGUGCACUGUGCCACAAAAGGUUAGACAGUACCAAUGCCACCGAGCACGGCGGUGAACUUUUCUGCAAACAAUGCUAUGGUAGGAAAUUCGGACCUAAAGGAUACGGAUUUGGCGGUGGUGCUGGCUGCCUCAGUAUGGACAAAGGUGAACAAUUCGGAAACACGGAAUGCUCCAUGUCCAACAAGCCCACUUUGGACCCAACCUUCGGUUAAGCUUUCCAGUCACUAAUUUAUUCUGUAUAGAACUCAACUCAGUGUGAACAGCUCUGAUCGUUCUAUUGUUGUAUCUAAAUAAAGAAGAGAACUUGUGCUUUUUAAAGAACAAACUGUAUAAACUUUAAUUUUUUUUCUUUCAAUUCGUUCAAUUCUAAUCAAUAUACAUGUUUGGUUUACAUGUUAUCCAAUAGAUGUAAUAACUUUUUGUUUUAUGUAUGUAAAUUUAAAAAUAAUCUGUAGUUUUGAAAAAUAUAAUAGCACGUCGACUGCUCAAGAUACGUUUUUUUUUAAUUUGUAAUAUUUUAGAAUUAUAAUUUGGGUUAUAUUUUAUGUAAUAAUUUUUAAAAUUUAAUUAUUUUUAAGCAAUAAAUCUGUUUAAAUUGUUCAUCUUUGAUAUUAUUUUGUUACGGAAUGUGAUAAUGCACAUCACAGUUAAGCUUAUUUUACUCGAUUAUAUGUUCCUAAUGUUGUUUUGAUAUAGCAAAUUUAGGUGCUUCGACACAUCCGCUGAUAAUGAUGCUAUGUAUCUGAAUGAAUCAUGUUCAUGUUUUCAAUAAAUUACACUACAUUUUCGAA